CAGUCCAAGGGCCACCCCCACUUCACUCACACUGCUCUGUUUGUGUCUAUAAUUAUAAUCCAUGCCUUAAAAGACAUAAUAUAUUUAUUGUUAAAAAUAAUAAUACAAUAAUAAUAAGUGUCUUGUGAUAACGAGGAAGUAUGCUGAGUCUAAGAAGCAGAUGCAAUACAUGUCUUUUCAAUGUUGGCUGCACGAUUGGAUGGCCGCCAAUAUUUCUUCGAAAAAAUGUGGCUUACGUAUACGUCUUCUUUGGGUAUAGCCAGUACGGAUCAAUUGCUGCAUUAAAUUUCAGGAAGUUUAAGAAAACUACUAACCAUAUUUACAGUUCUAACAGUCAUAGUGUCAGCAUUUUUCAACGUGACUGUUACCUCCAGACUACUUAUACUUAUAGUUUUAAAUAUUUUCUCUCAUGUUCAAGUAUUUCAUAUUACAAAUUAUCAACCCAAGCCCACAUACAAAAUAAAAGACAAAAUUUACAUAAUAAUAAUACAAUAUUUGCUUCAAGUUUAAGUUUAAGACAGUACAAUCUUGCUAACAUUCACUUUAGUUUUAGUUUCAUUUCAUGCCAACAGUUUGCAAAGCACAUGUCCAUUUCUGUUAAUAAAAAAAUAGAAUGCAAUACCAAAAGACCUUUUCCAGUCGUAAGUGAUGCCUUUAUUGAUAAAACAUCAGACACAUAUUUUAAAAAUGUAGAAAGGUUUGAGAAAGUUACUAACAUUUACAAUCAGGCAGCACAAGUCUCAUUAGGUGGUGGUGGGGAAAAAUCCAUAGAGAGACAUGUGAAACGUCAUGGCAAAAUGUUGAUCACUGACAGAGUAAAGUCUUUAGUAGACAGCAUGGAUGAUUUUCUUGAGCUUUCACUUAUUGGAGGAAUAGGGAUGGAAUAUGGGCACAUACCAAGAGCUAACAUUCUUUCAGGUAAUUAUGAGUAUAAUUUUUUAAAAAAAGGCUAAGGUUAGGCCUUACUUGUCAAGGCAAGAAGCGUCUAUUAGUAUAAUUGUCCCAAGGGGUGUGAUAUGACUAAAUGCAAAUGGCAAAAACCAAAAUUGCUCUCCCUACACAUACAUCUAAUAUAUAAUGUUGUUGAUAAAUACUAAUAAAAGUGCCUUCCUUUGUCACUCCUAGAUAGCAUCUGCCUCUGCUUUAUCUCGAACAUUUUUAAUUGUCUUAAAUUAAGUAAAUCGACUAGUCCUUUAAAUUCAUUUCAUUUUAAGUGAAUCAAUAUAAUGAAAUUUUUUAAUUUACCUAGAAAGGACGCAGUUAUGUUUCAGUGUGUAAAUGGUCUUGCUAUUUUCAAAUUUGUGGAAUAUUAUUUUUUUCUACAUUUAUCUUUGAAUUUCAAACAUUUUACAUUUGUCAGACAUUGCACAUGUGUUGUAUUUAUAUUUAAAGUACUUUUUAAUGUAUAUUUCAGGUAUUGGUAAAGUAAAUGGUCAUCAUUGUUUAAUUGUUGCUAAUGAUGGUGCUUUCAAGGGGGGCUCAAUUUACCCAAUAACACUUAAAAAGCAACUUCGAGCUCAGGAAAUUGCAAAUCAAAACAGACUUCCUUUCAUUUGCUUAGUAGACUCUGCUGGAGCAUUCCUGCCGCUGCAGGUGAAUGAAUAAUGCAUAAAUUGGGAUAUUGAUUUAGCUAUAUUUAUCUUCAUUAGUGUUUCUGAUCAAAAUUUUCGUUUUUUUGUAGCUUGAAUAUAAAGCAUUAGUGAGUGCUGAAUUGGAUAAAUAUUAUAAGUAGAUUAUUCCUCCAAUGUUUUUCUCAUAGAAAAUUUUGUUGCCAGUAUGAAGCUUUACAUUUAAGACUUUCCCUAUUUAAAAAUUGUUAAUAAAUACUAUAUUCAAUCGCUUUCUGAUUUCCAGCUACUUAUAGUAACGUCUGAGUUGUUAAUUUAUUUUAUUUCAUUGUGACAGCUGCUCUGUUAGUGAAUAAAUUUUAAAUUUAACUCUUUCAUUCAAAAAAAAAUUUAGGAUGAGAUCUUUAAUCCAGGUGGUCGUGUAUUUUAUAAUGAAGCUGUGAUGUCAGCAGCUAAAAUACCACAGAUUGCAAUUGUAUGCGGCAGCUGUACUGCUGGUGGAGCUUACAUUCCCACGAUGGCUGAUGAAGCUGUUAUUGUACACAAGACAGGAACGAUUUUCUUAGGAGGUCCUCCGCUGGUACAGGCAGCUUUGGGAGAGAUUGUUUCAGCCGAGGAUUUAGGUGGAGCUACUUUGCAUUGUGGGUAAAUCACCAUUGUAUUUUGUUAAGCCUUUUGUUACGCACUGACUUAUAUUGGGAGAAAUAAUCUCCUAUUUUAGUUUUAAUUGGCUCGUUGUAAACAGUACCUAACAAAGGACGAUACCAUAGAAUCAACAAUAUUAAAGAUAUGACACCCAAAACAGUUGCCAGUUACAAUUAAUAAGAUUUAUUAAGUCUUAAGAUAAUUACAAAAGAAAAGAAAAUAUAAUUACAAUCUUCAACUUACAGUAUGGUAGAUCUUGUACCGGUACACAGUUAACACAGAAUAAUGUGCCAAUAAAUAAUGUGAAAUAAACACAUAUGAGCACACAAAUACACAAAGAAUAAAACACGCCUCGUAAAGUUAAUAAAAUCUAUCUGAAUCUCGGUCCCUCCGUCCGUGCCUGUCAAUCCCUUAUAUAGGUGGCGCAAGCCCUGCCUUCCAGAAGACUUAUGACGUUUCUAGAACAAUCACAUUCAUUCUACAAAAUACUAUUUGGAACAGAUUAAUUAUUUUUAGUGGUUGGCGGCAUAAACACGACAGAUCAAACGACUAAGCCACACCCCUCUGUGAACAUAGUGUCUCAUGCGGGGUCAAUCAUAGGGCACGCACGAGAAAAAUUAUGUAAACAAGCUCUAUACAACACCUUUACUCCUCUCCUAGUAUUGAAUGCUAAAGUUCAAGCAACAUUUGCAAAAAUUAAAUGUGAUGCAUCAAGAAAAUGUUAACUUUUUUAAGAAUGUUAAUAAUUGCUAUUGUGUGUUGGUUAAUAAUAUAAUUUUUAAAUAAUCCAUGUAAAAAGUUUUAGAUAGUAAAUCAAAUAUGCAGUAUAAAAUCAAGUACAUUAUUUAAAAAAAAAUUAUUUCAAUUUUAAUCUAUAGAAUCAGUGGCUGCACAGAUUACUUUGCUCAAACUGAGGCUGAAGCAUUUCAAAUGGGUCGAGACAUUGUGGCCAGCCUUAACCUUUCAUCACAAGAGAGCCAUGAAGUAGAAGACUAUGAUGAACCAGCUUUUGAUGCCAAGGAAAUUUCAGGGAUCAUUCCAGCAGCUCACCAACAUCAAGAGAUAAAUAUGCAUCAAGUAAAGUUUUAAAAAAAACCAUUAGUUGAACUAAUCUCAACUCAUAGACAUGGCCUCUUAUUUUAAUGAGAUUGUCUCACCAAAUGUGUAUUUCCACCAAAAGAAACAAGAUAUUAUCAAAGAUGAAGUGCUAGCUAACAAAUACAAUAUUGCACCAUAACAAUUGUUUAGCUAUUAUAAAAGUAGUUUUUGUUUUCCAAAAGCAUCUAGUAUUAUGUGUAAAUUGCAUUACAAACCACCAUUAUUAAUUCAAUUGUUUAUAUUUCAACUAGUUAGUGUACAAAUAGAGUCAGAUACACUCCCCAAAAAAACCUACAUUUAGAUUUAUUUUAUGAUGCAAAGCGUCAGUGCUGAAAUUACUCUCUUGAUUAUCUUGGCAGAUAAUAGCUCGCCUUGUUGAUGGCAGUCGUUUUCAUGAAUUCAAAGUUAUGUUUGGGACAGGAUUAAUUACUGGCUUUGCUUACAUUCAAGGGUAUUUUUUAUUGUCUAUUUUUUACAAUGUAAAGUUAUUUAAUUUGUUCAAGUUCAUUUGUGGUAUAUAUGCAUGAAUAUCUACGGUAUUUAUUUUCAUUCUGAGUUUAUCCCAUUGAUAGUCGUUUGCUAUUCACAUAGAAUAACUUAAAGAAAAAUGAAACAUUUUUAAAAGUUACCUAAUAAAUAUAUUUUAACACUGACAGUGAGGAUAAAACCCGGAUAAUGGAAAAAAAUAACUUUAUUUCACUCAUUUGUCAGUUUGUUACUUAGUAUUUGAGAUUAGGAAUUUGAAAAUCAUUUCUAUAUUUGUCAUUUAGUGAUUAUAACUGCCAGCCAUGUCCAUGCCAUGUUGUUUUAACAGUGUCGUUAAAGUGUCGUGAAUAAUUGUGAGAAAUUUACAAAAUGUAUGUUUAUGUCUGGGUGAGUUUGAAUUUUCCUUUGCCUAAUUAUUUUUCUUGCUAGGCAUCUUGUGGGUAUUAUAGCUAACCAAGGGGAGAUAAAUGAGAAAGAAGCAGUUAAAGGCAGCCAUUUUGUGCAGCUUUGUUGUGAAAGAGAUGUGCCCCUGGUGUUUUUACAAAAUACAACUUCUGGUGAUCAUUCGUUAUCACUGGACAAGAGCGAGGGUAAUAAUUUAAACUACAUUGACUACAUCAGCAUUGGUUGAAAUGUACCAGCAGUUUGCACUGCAAACAUCAGAAUAUUUUUUAUCAACACAUGCGUAUCAAUUUCGGAACAAAAUGAGAUACAAUAACUUACUUGCAUGUUUCACUUCGAUGUUGUAUUAUUUGAAAUAUGUCUGUAAACUGUAAAUAGAUCAUUUAACAAUACUUACUUGUCAUGUUCAAAAGAGUAUUUUUUUAAUAGUUACUCAAUUUUCUUCUGUUUUUGCAGCAAUAUCAAGAUAUCAUUGAGUUCAUCUCUUUUUUUGUAUCAAUAUCAUUGAGUUCAUGUCUUUUUUUGCAGCAAUAUCAUUGAGUACAUCUCUGAAGUGUCAAGCUAGGAUGUUGGCAGCAGUCAGCUGUGCAUCAGUCCCCAAAAUAACUGUCAUAGUUGGCAAUGGAUUUGGCCCAUCUCAUUUCAUUAUGGUGAGUUCAGUCAGGUCAUGUUCUCUGAUGUGUUCGGGGAGAUAUUUGUUAUUUUAUAUGAACUGUUAUCAAGCACAACUUCUUAGGCAACUAUGCAGAAUUGUCUUGCAACUGAUACCAACACUUAAAUUUAUUGGAUAUAACUUCUUAUUUUACAAUUUAUUCUAAUGUGGACUGCCAUUUAUAGCAUAGAAUUCUGACACAUAAUGUUUGUAGUUGUGACUAAAAGUUCAUGUGACUCUGAUUACAAAUGUCAUGGAGAUUCUAAUUUUCAUGUGGUUAUCCCUCUUACUCCUAACCUCAUGUACAGCUUGUUGUUAAGAGUGGUUUGAAAAAAAACAUACUUUGGAUUUAUUUGAUAGGGAGGCAGAGCUGUUAGCCCUAAUUUUCUGUUUGCCUGGCCGAAUGCGCAGGUGGCGCUCAUGGAACCCAAACAACUAGCAGCUGCUGUAGCUCAGCAGGUAAAAAAUGUUUUGUUUUUUUCCAGUAAACAUUUAGAGGGCAUUGAAAGAUUUUGAAGGAAGAAAAUUAUGUCAUUCCAUGGCUUAUCCAAGUUAACGAAUUUUCACAUACCUACUUCUGAAGCUCCUCUUAAAGUUAGAGGUUACUUGAAUAAAAUUAUUGUUUCGCAUAGCAGGAUUUCACAUCAAUAAUAAUUACAAUUUAAUGUUUCAAUUAUUUCUGAAUAGUGUUCUAUUCAACUUUAAUCUAUUAUUUUGGAAUCAUUCAUUAAAAAAGUUCACAAAAAUUCAAAGUUUUCAUCAGCACACUCUCUAUUUUAAGUAUAAUUAGGUACUAUAAAUUCAAAUUCUAUCCAGUCAGAGAAAGAAUUCUCUAAAGAUGAAUUAGAGACAUUGGUUGAAAAAAUUCGCAGAGAAUCAUCUGCCAUCUAUGGAGCCACGAGAAUUCUCAAUGAUGGAAUAAUCUUACCGCAGGAGACUCGCAAAGUAAGUUUUACUUUUGAUUACUUGUUAAUUUGUACACAUACUUUUCAAGUGAUCAGUUUUCAAAAUUUGUCUUACAAAUCUAGUGUUGAUUUUGUUAAUUUAACCUUUCCUCAGGUUUUGUCCCAGUGCCUCUCUAUAUGCAAGGCGUACAACUGUCCAAGGGAUCAGGAUUAUCCUGUAUUCAGGAUGUAACAUUGUGAUUUAUUCAUUUGUGAAAUGUUUUGAUGUUCUUGUACAAUUUAUAAUUUAUAGCAUAAUGUCAUUAUUUAUACAGAUACAUUAAAAUUUUUUUUACAUAAUGUUAAUUUACACAUCUGUCAAAAAUAUUGUUAUUAUUGAUAUUUUUUUUUUAUUAAGUCAAAUCUAUGUCAAAUAUUUCAUUUUUAUAUUAAAGCAGAG